AUGCCUCCUCGAAAAACCACCGCAGGUCGCUCCAAGACGGACGAGCCGACCGUCGCGUCCUCCAAGGCGCAGUAUGAGCAGGAGCUGCGUGCCCUCGCCGGCAAGGCCCGGACCGACGGCAGCUCCGCGCUCGCACGCGUGACCGCGCAGCUCCGGCAGGUGCGCAACGCCAUCACCUACCUUUUCUUUGCCGGCUUCUUCGCGCACGCGUCGCAGCUCGCGCUCGCGCCCGUCUACGGCAGCAUCCCCGCGGCGACGCACCACCUGCGCGUGCUCGCCGUCGCUGCGUUUGCCGGCUGGGCGGGCAACCUGUUCCUCGCGCGCGCGCUGGCACCCCGCGGCCUCUCGGUAAACCGGCUGCUGCCCGUAUUUGCGCUGUGCGCGCCGCUGGUGCAGACGCUGUUGGAGCCGCAUAGUAGUACGCUCGGGCCCGGAUGGGGACCGCUGGCGGCCGAGGCGCUGACGGUGGCGCCGGUCGUGCUUCUAUCGGCGGCGUGCGCGGCGGACGCGCUCGAGGGCGUAAAGGUGCCGCUGCUGCCGAGGUUCAUGGCGGAUGCGCUCCCGGGAAUGGGCUCGUGGGCGCUGCUGGUGGCGUUUGAGAACAUGGCGCGCGAGUACGUGCUGCGCUUCGCCGGGCAGCCCGGGUCCGCCCCGGUGGUGACGUUUGCGCUGACGCGCGUCGGCAUGCAGCUCUCGCUGGGCGGGCUCAUGGCGGCCCUUGCGCCGUCGGCGUGGCUGCUGCUCGCGGCGCCGGCGCUGCUCCACACCGUCUGGCUCAACCCGCACAUGCCGACGCGGCACGCGGCCAUCUCGCUCAACGCCACCCUGCAGGCGCACGACUGGCUGCUUUUGGACCGCGCAGAGUCCAACACGGGCUACGUCUCGGUGCUGCAGAGCCUGCAGGGCGGGUUCCGCGUGCUGCGCUGCGACCACAGUCUGCUGGGCGGCGAGUACACCGACCCGUCCGUUGCGGGCGGCGUCGUCGCGGAGCCGAUUUACGGCGUCUUUGCGAUGCUCGAGGCUGUGCGGCUGAUUGAGACGGAAAAGACUGUACCUGAUACCGAGGCUACUGCGCUUGUCAUUGGCUUGGGAAUCGGAACGACGCCCUCGGCGCUGGUGGCGCACGGCAUCGACACCACCGUCGUCGAGAUUGACCCCGUGGUGCACGCGUUUGCCAAGAAGUACUUUCAACUCGCCGAGAACAAUGAGCCGGUGCUGGCGGAUGCCGGACGGUACGCCAAGAAGCUGGCCGACACCGAAGACGGCGCGCGCUUCGACUACAUUGUGCACGACGUCUUUACUGGCGGUGCGGAACCCGUCGACCUCUUUACGCUUGAGUUUUUGCAGCGCCUGCACACGCUUCUCAAGCCUCACGGUGCUAUUGCUAUUAAUUACGCCGGCGAUCUCGCCCUGCCCGGCCCCCGCGCCAUUGUGCGCACCGUCCGCACCGUGUUUCCCGCGUGCCGCAUCUUUCGCGAGUUUCCCCCGGACGAGGCGGGCAUCGCGGCCCAUGGCGGCUCCGAUUUCACCAACAUGGUCAUCUUUUGCAAAAAGGCCGGUCCUUCCGCCGCCGCGCUGACGUUUCGCGCGGCCACGGAUGCAGAUCGGCUGAAUAGCUUUGCGCGGAGAGAGUUUUUGGAGCCGACGCACGAGAUGCACGCAGAGGACUUUUUGGCGGCGGCGGCGGACGAGGGCGAGGAUGGCGUGCUGCUGCUGCGCGCGAAUGAGACCGAGGUGGUAACCAAGUCGCACAAGACGAGCGCGAGGGGCCACUGGUCGAUUAUGAGGACGGUGCUGCCGAGCGUAGUGUGGGAAAAGUGGUAG